UGAGAGAGAGAGAGAGAGACCUAGUGACUGAGCGCUGCUUGCUUCUUCUGGGAGUCUGCAGACAUGCCAGCAUUAUUUUUGAAGGAUUUCUUUUCUGCUGGCUGUGUCGACUAAAUAUGGCAUGUACAACGUUCUGAUGCAGAGACUAUGACCAGUGAGGCUUAAUGUUUCCACCCCUGCGAGUUAAUAUUAGUCCCGCAGAACCAGUGCCGUCUCCAGCUCUUUGUACAUGGCAACAAAGACAUAACCGGGUAAGAAAGGCCGGGGAUCUUCUUGCUGAUGUGACAGAUGGCGGUGUAUUGUGGAAUGGCUUCCUCUGAUUCCCCUCCUUUCCAACCAGAAGAUCAGAAGGGAGAGGAAAUUGAGCUCCGCUUGUCUAGCAUGGCUGUGGGUCAUACAGUGAGGAAAGAAGAGAGUGUGGUACAAGGGGCAUCCGCAUGUGAAAGUCAGCUAAAUGAGGAGGAACAACAAUCAAAACCAGAUGGCCAAUUGACUGAAGAAUUGGAGUCAUCUUCAGACGAAGAAUAUGGGGAAGAAUUUGACUUUGAUGAUAGUCUGGCUGAAGAAGAAGACAGAAACGAGCCAGAACUCAGUAUCCCACUAGAAAACACAGGCAAUAAUCAGGCUGCUGACACCAUGUCCGUGUCUGAAUCAGCGAAGUCUAUCCAAUCUCUGCAGGUUUCAGUCCCACCGAACUCCAUCCCACCUUCUAUAGUUCACACGAUAGAAACUCUGAGCUCGACAUCUCACCUCAAUAAUGUCAUGUCUUCCACAGAUUCAAUUGCACAUUCUACCAGCACAGACUCUGCUGCCAUAGCCUCUGGUUCAGGGAGUCUUUGCACUAUCCUGUGCAACAAAUCUAACAGCAGCUGUGAGACCGGCCUUGAAGAUUUAUCCUGGAAGGAAAACAUCCUAUAUAAGGCCCAGGCUGCCUCAGCCCCGUGUAAAUUGCCAGGUGUGGACGAUGAUGUGAUUUAUGAUGAUGUUACACAUGAAGACCAAUUUGUCCAGGGGCAGGUGCCCAUGGAUGAAUUGAUCUAUGAUGAUGUACAUCGAGAAGCAGGUUGCACCAGUCCGGCACAGCUUGAAGACGGUUGGAGUUCCAGUGAAUUUGAGAGCUAUGAUGAACACUCGGAUGAAGAAAAUAAACCAGGAGGAGAGCAGCAAAAAUCCAAAGCUGUCCUUCAGCCAAAGCUUUCCCCGGAUCUCAAUAGACUGAAGGAGAAGUACGCCAGGACUAAGAGAGAAUUCCUGGCCAUGAAAGUCAGGGGGAGAGACGUACAGGAGCUGAAACAGCGAUAUGACUGCAAGAUGCAGCAGCUAAUGAAGGCAGCAAGAAAUGGGACUAAAGAUGGGCUGGAGAAGACAAAAAAUGCUGUAAUGCGGAAAGUAUCGUUCCUUCAAAAGAGAGAGCCUCAAGAUCAGUAUGAAGAAGAUGAUGCUGGAUAUCUUGAUGUUCAGGUGUCGGACUCAAAACACCCUCCACCAGAGCUCAGUCCCAUGCCAGCAGGGCUGACCCCUCAACAGAUUGUGCGAAGGCAUAUAUUGAGCUCUAUUGUACAGAGUGAGCGGAGUUAUGUCGAGUCUCUAAAGCGGAUAUUGCAGGAAUAUAAGAAGCCAUUGCUAGAGGCGGAGCCAAAGUUGCUGAGCAUCAGAAAGUUGCGGGUGGUAUUUUACCGUCUGAAAGAAGUUCUCCAAUGCCAUUCGAUGUUCCAGAUCGCCCUGUCUUCACGGGUAGCUGAGUGGGAUGCCACAGAAAAAAUCGGAGAUCUUUUUGUAGCUUCAUUCUCAAAGUCUAUGGUGCUGGAUGUAUAUAGUGAUUAUGUGAAUAACUUCACCAAUGCCAUGGCGCUCAUUAAGAAGGCCUGUCUCACCAAACCAGCUUUUCUGGAAUUCCUGAAGCAGAAGCAAGCCUCCAAUUCCGACCGGAUAACACUUUACGGGUUGAUGGUGAAGCCAAUCCAACGAUUCCCACAGUUUAUUCUGUUACUUCAGGAUAUGCUGAAGAAUACGCCAAAAGGGCAUCCAGACCGGCUCUCAUUGCAGCUCGCUCUGACAGAGCUGGAAACGUUGGCAGAGAAACUCAACGAGCAGAAGCGAGUGGUGGAUCAGAUUGCUGAAAUUCAGCAGUUGGCAAAGAGCGUCGGAGAUCGCAACCUCAACAAGUUGCUAAGUUCUGGCCAGCGGCAGCUUGUCUUGUGUGAGACGCUAACUGAGACUGUUUAUGGAGAAAGGGGGCAGAUACUUAAAUCCAAGGAACGCCGUGUGUUCCUGCUGAAUGACCUGCUCAUCUGUGCCAACAUCAAUGUAAAGGGUCAGCCAGACAUUGGCAGCCUGGUUCCGGUAGGCCCAAAGUACACUGUGAAAUGGAGCACCCCACUACUGCAGGUUCAGGUUGUGGAGGUUGGCCUAGAAGGGAAAGGUUAUGACAAGGAUACGAUAAUCUUUCAGCAUCCAGGGAGUAAAAAGACCUCCUCUACCUCUCUAUCAAGUAAGAUUUAUAUGGGUCCUCCACGCCUUUACCAGGAGCUUCAGGAGUUACAACAGGAUCUGAUUGUUGUGAACCAGAUAUCACAGCUCAUAAGUACUCUUCAUGGCAUUUAUCAGAAUCUAAAUCUCAUUGUAGCCCAGGAUUGGACCCGAGCUCUCCAGAGAUUGAUCAGGAUUAAAGAGGAUGAGAUCCAAUCAGCAAACAAGUGUCGUCUCCGUCUGCUGUUGCCAGGGAAACCAGACAAGUCUGGAAGGCCAGUCAGCUUUAUGGUGGUAUUUAACACCCCGAACGCUCGCAGUAAAAUCUCCUGGGUGAAUCGGCUACAUAUGGCUAAAGUUGCACUAACUAAAGAUAACCAGCCUGGCUGGUUCUGUAUUGAGGAUGAUGGAAAAACAAAAGCACCGUUUUGGUGCCCUUUGCUUGCCUGUCGUAUGCCCAUGUAUGGUUCAAAAUGUCAGGACCUGAAACCUGAAGCAGCCCUUCACACUCCAGUGCAAUCAUCCCUACUUGGGAUUUCCAUUGCCAGUACCUGUCUGGCACAGGGAUAUCUUUGGAUUGGCAGUGGGCGAGAACAGGGGCUGGGGCAGGUUGAUCUUUUCUCCUUGAACAGAUCCACUCCCAGACAUGUCAAGUCCUUCCAGGCUAGCUCCCGGGUCUUGUGCAUGGAGUAUAUCCCUCUAAUCAUCCAGGAUGCAGACAAUGUCGAUUAUCCAAUGGAGAAACCUGGAGACAGUCCAAUUAUUGUAAUUGGACUUCAAGAUGGCAGUAUGGUGGGAUAUGCCAGUGUUGACAUGGCCACCCAGUGUUUGUUUAUAUUUAAAAGCCCUGGAGAGGUGCCUGUCGUGUGCCUCAAGCAUUUGCUGAACAUCUUGUUUGCAGGCCUGCAGAAUGGGACUGUCGCAAUAUACACCAGGACAAAUGAGGGAAAAUGGGAGUGGGAUACUCCCCGAUUGGUAAAAGUUGGGUCAGCUUCAAUCCAAUCUCUGCUGGCAGUGGAUGACAUGGUGUGGGCUAGCUGUCGGAACCAGGUCACGUUGAUCAACAUCUCUUGCUUCACUACACGGUGUUUUGAUGCCCACCCUGAUGACGAGGUGAACGUGACUCAUAUGAUGAAAGCUGGUGGUGGGGUGUGGAUGGCCUUCUCUGCAGGGUCCUCCAUUCGAUUAUUUCACACAGAGACUCUGGAACAUCUGCAGGAAAUCAAUGUUGUUCCACGCGGCACAUUCUUCACUCCAGGCCAAAGGAAUAUUUUGGUGACGUGUUUGCUGGUUUGCCAAGGGAUGCUCUGGGUUGGGACCAAUCAAGGAAUUUUGAUUGCUUUACCAGUAUCAAAACUUGAAGGAAUUCCAAAAGUAACAGGAAAGGGAAUGAUUUCUCUCAACGCACACUGUGGGCCUGUGGAAUUUCUGAUCCCCACCAUUGGCUCUUUGGACUUGGAAUUACUGAAAAGCGAGUCCACCGAGGACAUGCCUGAAUAUCCAGAAGGGAAUGGCAAAGAGGAUUCUUCCUCGCAGGAAUCCCUUCACGAGCAGCACAACCACCUGGAUAAGAAGCAAGGGAUCUCACUGCGUUACAACCUACGCUCCACUUCUCACUUGCCUGGUCAGUUACUGUCAGCACACGGCAGCGAGGCCCAGGCCACUGAGAGCUCCCUGGAGCACAGCAUUGAGGAUGGUUCCAUCUAUGAGAUAGUAGAUGACCCGGACGUGUGGGUUCGAAGCAGGUCUUCAGCCCGAGAGGUUGUCAGAAAGGAGAAGGUCAGCUCAGUUGCCAUUGCCUCUGGAGGCAGGGGCUACCAGAACUUUAACAGAGACUUCAAGCCGACAGUACACAACAAGAAUGAAAACACAUUGCUGAUUUGGCAGAUUCCACUGACUUUGUAGGGUUCUGACUUUGUACAGAUUUGCAUUUGUUGAAUGUGUCUACCAGAAGUACACUCUGUUAUAAGAUUGCACCAUGUUCAAUUGCGUCUGCAACUCUGAAUUUUGAAGAGAAAUUCCAUCUUACAAACAUGUUACAUGUUCAAUUGUCUGGAGGUUGUGCAUCUCUCAAGUGGUUAGCAUGAAGAUUUCAAAGCAUUCUAUACCAUUAUUAGGGCUAGCUAACCUAUUCACAUUUGGAACUCUUUUAAGGAAGACUCAGCUGUAACACUCUCUGCCCUACCUUUCUUGGGGUGAAUGGUGCAGGGCACAGAACGAUGGAGGCAAGGGUAUAUUGUGCCAUAGAUUUGCCUUUUCUUGCUCCCUUCCUCUUUUUGUAUUUCUUCCACUUUCUCAGCCCUAAGUCAUUAAGUUAUUGGGCCUGUGCUUGCUGCUUUAGAAAGGGAGGAAUGUUGAAGUCAUUCCCAGGUCACUUUUUCUCCUAAUUUUCUCACACCUUCCCACACCUCUUCUACAAAGGUGCAGACUCAUAUUGGGGUAAUGAAUCCAUGGGCGCUGGUCGCCCUUUGACACUGUGCCCAAGUGGCCACUCUUCAUAUGAGAACCUAGAUAUUGAAUGUCUUUAGGUUAUUUGAAUCUGGAGAGCACCAAAGCUGAACCCUAUCUGGUAUCCACACACACGUGCACUUUCCAGCAGAAAUCACUGGAUAAUAAUCGCAUCCCAUGGCACUCUCUCCCAGCCUAGGAAUGCUGAAGUCCAUCUUCCCGUGCCGCUAUUGCAUUCUACCUGGUUGGUUGGCUUACAAAUGGAAUAAGUGGAAGGACCCAGUCAGCUUCUUCAACCUUGCAGGAAAAAUAAUUGGGAGCAAUGUGAAAAUAAAGUUCUCUUUGGUGGAUGCAACUUGUGAGCUUGAUAACUCAGCAAUUAUGUUUCAAAUAUUUGUGCGUAUAUUUAAUUUUUGUAACAGUUCAACGGUUUGAAGACUGGUGCUGAUGAUCCUGGUCUCAUUUGACACAUGGGUGCGAACAGCCAGGUUAUAGAAUGUUUUACUUCAUCCUAAUCCCCUCUCUCUCCUAGUUGUAAAUAAUCUGCUAAAAGCUACACCUCCCAAGUAUGAAUUGUGACUUUUGUAUUCCUAUUAUUGGUGAGAUUACAAACCACUCUGAUAAGUCAUUAUCUUUUCCCGCACUCUCACCAGGGCAUUUAAUAACUUGACUGAGAGGGUAGACCCCCAAUGCUGUUCCACUGCUACUUUGGGGAAUUAUGUAAACAGCUGGAUGCUGAGACUUGCCCUUGUUCUCAUACUCUGGCGGGUGUGCGGCAUCCUUUCAGAAUACCCCUAUAUCAUUAUGGCUAUAACUAAAAAUGCAAUGGGCAGAAAAUUACAAGUUCCAACCUACUUUCUAACACUGGGUACUGCCAAAUAUUCACCCAUGUUAGAUUUAACUUCCCAAAAUCAAAGGUUACUCAACUGACAGGAAAAUAAAACUGUUUAAGAACGACAAACUUGGCAAGAAAACGAGGACUCAUUAUCUUUUCAAAUAGGAAGAUAUCUCAUGACUUUUUUUUGCUCUCCCCUAAUGAUCGCCAAAGUGUACAUCAGGGUAUUUCUGUACAGUCUCCUGCACUUUGACACUAGCAGACAAAUAUUUGUGUGCAGUCUUUGAAAUGGAAUCUGAUGAAGGGAAUACUUGUAUUUAUGGUGUAAAAUACUAGUUCUUGUUGCUGGAAAUAGUUGUGAUCUCCAAGAAAAGGGCAGAGUAAGAAUGUUGCAUGAUUAUUGACGCUAUCAUUUGGGAAUCCUUAGUCUGGUUUUGGAACCAUGUAACUGCAGAGGUUUACAGCACAGGAGACCAUUUUGCCCAUCGUCUGUGCCAGCUAUUUACUAAUGACAUAUUGCCACAAUAUGUAAAUAUUGACUCCUUCGAAGCCAUAGCAAUUGGUUUUUACUCAGGGUUUAAGAUCCCCCAAAACAGAAGCUGUUCUUGCAUGCUGAAAGUCAAAACUUGUAUUUGAGGGGAAUAUUUCACUAUUCUGCAAAUCGUACAUCUUCUGGUCCUUCAGCCACACUUUUCCUGCCAAGGGAGCAUAGAACAACAUUGUUCCAUGUCCCUCUGAUUGCAGGUGGUCAUUUAGUUUCCUACCCUUCUCUCCAAUACCAUAUUUCAGUAUCCAUGGGACACUAAUUCCAAAAGAAACUAAUUUGGACCUAAUAAAACUCACUCAAUCAGUCAAAACACUGAGCUGCAACCAAUCCCUGGGACUGCUCAAAUCCAUCCUUGUGGAAAUUAGACUGUUCAAUCAUUAAAGAUCCUCUACUUAGAACCUGAA